GGUAGCUGGAUAGGGUCAUACAUUGAAGAUCGUUAACAUCAAGAAGAAAAAGCCGAUGAACGGGACAGGAUUCUCACCUCCCGCCGCAGAGAUGGCUGAGAUAAAUCUCAUGCAGUAUCAAAUUGAAUAUACAGAGGCGAUAAGUCAGAAGAUGAGAGUCCCAGAAAAGCUCAAAGUGGCUUCAAACAGCGCAGAAUCGGAUAUUAAAAAUCAGUUUCACAUGCCUGUGUCUGGCGUUAUGAUGCAAGUUCCAGAGAGGAUUUUGGUGUCUGGUCACAGUGAAGAAGCAUCCUUUUCAAGACCUCCAGACUUAGAUCUUAUCCAGACCACUCCAUUUGAGCCAUUGGCUUUGAAAACACCUCCUCGGGUCUUAACUCUCAGCGAGAGGCCAUUGGAUUUUCUUGACUUAGAGAGACCCACACCACACAGCGAUGAGCCCCGGAGUAUUGGACGUCAAAAAAGAGAAAGAUCUGUGAGUGAAAAUUCCACAAGGCAAAAUGGGCAGUUGGUCAGACACGACUCCACGCCGGUCUUGCGUGGAGGGUCAGCGGCCUCUGCUUCUGCCACUCACCAUGAUAACCCCAGGUACGGAGGACCAUCCUUAGACUCCACACUGGAAGGAAAUCUAGAUGACAUGACAUUGGUGGAUGCUACUUCAUUAAGGCGACAGAUAAUCAAGCUGAACAGACGCCUCCUGCCUCUGGAAGAAGAGAACAAGGAGAGAGUUAAACGUGAGAUGGUCAUGUACUCCAUCACUGUGGCGUUCUGGCUACUUAACAGCUGGUUUUGGUUCAGACGUUAAUUCACAGCCUGUACCCCACCCAUAUGACAUUGUACAUCUGUGAGCAGAAAGCCCCAGCGUACUGUAUACUGACAGCUUGAGUGGAUGGGCUGGGGUGUGUUUGGGAUCACAGCACAAAUUUUCAGCUGGUUGUAAUGUAAGGACAGUUAAUUCGCUGAUUCUUGAGGCAUUUUCUGAACCAUUUUUCAGCUAGAGGGGCCUUUUGUUGUUCAUUUGUAGGCCAAUGUAGUCUUGUGUACUCUCAUAAAAAAUUCAACUUGCUUUUCAGAUCCAAGUUUCAGUUAUUAUAGAGCAUAUCUAAACAUUAUGAAUGAGCUAAUAGGAUUGCAUUGAUAUGCUUUUACAUCUGAUUUUCUUUGCCUAUCCUGACUCGGAGGUUACAUGAAUAAGCAGGUACAUUAGGGAACAACUGGAGUGUGAGGGAACAAAACAUAUGCUGAAAAUACACAAUAUGUGCGUAAAUCAAUAACUCCAGCACAUCUCUUCAAGUAUGAGACUAUACAGUGUAGGUGCUAGUAAAUGUCACAUUCUAUAGACAGUGUAAACUGUAAAUAUAAACCUUUUCUGUGCACAUGAAAGUAGAGCGACCAAUACUAGUGCUGGCUUAAAUAAAACAUUUAUAAGGUAAGGUUGGCUCUAAUUAAUUUGACACCUUAUCACUGAGGUUGUUGUCCACAAGGAGAAUAAACAAAAAAAAUGUUCUAGGCUUAACAUCUUAAAAUGUGGACAUGGUACCCUGCAUGUGCUGGAUUGUAAAUAAGAUGUGUUUUGUUCUUGCAAGCUAAAACAUAUUUGUUCGUUGUAAGUGGUUGUGAUUUGCAAUCAAUUCCAGAGAGGGGGGGGGGGGGUGCAAAUCCAUAGAGAAGUUACUAAAAGGAUUAACUGAAAUAAAAUUAUGUUUUUACGACUAUUCAAAUUCCAGUUUCUCUCUAUAGUGUUGACUUUAUAUUAGAAAACUGGUAAUUCCAUGUAAUAUGUUACACUGUGUGAAAUCCUGAAAUGAGUAAAAAUGCUAUAAUAAUUACACCAUAUGAAAUGUUGAUGUUUUUCUAAAUGUCUACUUAUUUUCUGUUGGUAAAAUAAUCGCAUUCCUCUGUAAUAUUGCACAAUGUAAGAUUUAUUGCCUGGGCUUAACAUGACAACUGAUAAAAGUGAUCUCCAUACAGAUGUCACUGCCAGCUCAGAGUGAUCAUUUGCAUCUUCGCAAGUGACUCAGCAUCACAUAAAACCAUCAGUGUUUGCCUUUGCAAUUUUGUCUCUUUCCUCUUUUCUUAUGUUAUCUCAACUUACAUUUCUCUGAUAUUGUGCACAGAAAAAAUUACAAUAAAAAUAUUGGGAACAAUAGAAAGACCCCAGUAUGAUAUGUUUUAAAGGUAUAAAUAAAUAUAAUUCAAAAGGAAAAAAAAUAUUUGGUAAUUUCUUAUAUUAAAUACCAGAAUUAGUCUAUUAAAACCACAAGAGUAACUUUUUUUUUUUUUUUUGAAGAGCUAUAGAAAAAUAUUAAGCACGGUGGGUUCCAUAUUUUUUCAUUGGGCAUGCACUUAGUUCUGUUUAAAACUCAUUUUAUUAUCUGAUAUGUUUGAGUGUGAUUUUUGUCCCUUUGUGAAAUGCAUUUUUAAUCUGCUUGUGAGUGAUAAAUAUGAAACAAAGCAAUGUUUAUCUGUACAUAAAAAUAAAAUACUGAACUAUGAAAAAAAAAUAAA